AUGUUAGAGCAGGAUGAUCCUCCAAGCUUUUUGGCCGCUUAUUUUAACGAGCCAGAUCACAGUGGGCAUAAAUUUGGCCCCAAUUCACCAGAGAUUAAAAGCAUUAUUCGUAGAAUGGAUAAUGUCACUGGAUAUCUGUUGGAAAGUUUACGAAAUCGAGGAUUGUUCAAUCAGGUAAGAUCUAAGCUUAAAUAACAACCAAAUCAAUCAGUUUACUGUGAAAAGUUCACAUCAGCUGACGACAAUUGUGUCAUCAACAAUUAUGUACGCGAUGAUGAAGCUCAUUUAAGCUUGACUACACUUAUGGUGCAUCACGGAGCCCUUUCACUCCUUGCCAUUGUGCGCUGCUGGCGUGUGUCACAAACAAAACUAAAUCUUGCGUUAUGCAUGCUGCAAUUUUACUUGUAACCAUGCUCCCCCCCCCCCGGGCAUACCCCCGGGGAUUUGCAAUAUUGUUCUUUCCUGGAGGUCUAUUCCCCACUCCCGGGCACGCAGAAAGAGACAAUUCCCCACCCCCGAGCUUCUAAUCGACCUCAUAUACGUUUUUUGCUACAUCUGUUGGAUAAAAUAAUUGAAAUAAAUAAACAAGGAUGCCAGCUCUGCUUCACAGACCUCACUAGCUGGGUUUAGAUUACAUCAGUGAUACAGGAUACUUUGUGCAUGACUAGAUCAUACCCAAUGGCUAGGGUUAUUCACUACUAAAGCCAAUGAUGAUGCUCCAUCAGAUGUCAACACAAUGCCACAAUGGAAAUUGUUUAGUUAUUUUGAAAACGAUUGAUGUUGAUAUGGUAGAUUUUUUGUUCAGAAUAUUCCAUUCACACUCCCAUUGAUUCUGUUACCUCUGGGCCUGCAUCUUCGAUGCAAAAAAAAAAUGCCCAAAGACGCAAAAUAAUUUGUGGCGUGCGUCUCGUAGGACGCGAAGGUAGAUCGAUCGAUCUAAGGAUGCUUUUGUAGAUUAUCCCGUUUGUUUGAUUUCUGUGGCUGUAAUUCUUGUGGCUACUUUGUAACAAUGAAUAUUGUUUUGUCUUUGUUGUGGUUUACAAAAGAAGGAGUGUAUUUUUAAUUCAGUAAACUGCAAUACAGAGUUUUGGAGUCAGAUUACCUGUCUGCAUGGUUACAUAAAGUCCCAACUAAGGAUUCUUUGUUUUUUCAACUCAGGGACUCUUUGGUUCUGGCUGGAACUCAUAAUUUUGCACAAGAUGAGUCCCAGGGCCCACAACUAUUUGUAACAAAAUCACUGUUCUCUUGGAAAUUUUGCUGAAAAAUGCCUUUUAGAGUUAGUUGGGCCAUUUUCUGGGUGCUGUCUUCCAAAAAGGAGCAAAACUAGAUGGGUGCUCUCAUCACUGUGCCACACUUGCUUCUCAGGUUUCAUUUCAAAGACUGUUUAAAUCUAGAUGAGUUAUAAUAUAUAAUGGCCAUAAUAGUAUACACGCUCUGAUUGGCUGCUAAGCAGGCAUUAUUUUCUUAUAAAUUUAGCCGCGCAUUACCAGCUGGCUGUCCAAGACAUAUAAAAUCUGUGCUAAACGUGAAAGUAGAAAUCCUUAUAGCCUGAGUAUUAGGCCUUCCCCCAGAAACACCUGAUACUCAGGCUAACAUCCUUCUGGACGUCCAUGUAAUAGUCAAUUGACAGCUGUCAAAUAGGGUAUCCACUGACCAGUGUCACAUGACUGUAUUGCGGGGUCAAGUUUACAACUCACUGAAGUGCAGGCAUGUUUUUUCACAGUUAUCCAGCUGUUGGUUAUAAUUGAUUGCAAGCUCAGGUCCAUAUUGAAAAGGCCUUAUUAUAAAUAACUUAUUAACCUCGUCCAUUCGGUCAUCACAGGGAAAUGUCUGACCUCAGUCUGAGAUUUCCCUGUAAUGACCAAAUGGACAAUUAUUGACUCUGGGGGGAAGUCAGCACUCCAAGAUUAAUUGGGCCUUUUAUUAUGUUGAACUGCAUUCAGCCUCAGGGCUCAAACUAAACUGACUUGUUUUUAGUUAGAACAGGGCUACUAUAGGUCUCACAGGCGGUAGAAGCAUGCAGGCAUCUAGCUUUCUUUGUAGUGCAUGCAAAUUUUCAAAUUUGAGUGUUGUUGUCAAUGGUGUGUGAUGCUUGUAACAGCCAUUCACUCUUAUGAAGGCCAGUAAAGUUGGUCAACAUAGGUGAAGGACGAAAAAAACAUACUGUUUUGCUCUUCAUUUGUUGUACUGGAUUUAUUCAAUUAUGAAGAGAAUGUCUUUUAGUAAAUGCUUGUGAUAUGUUAUAUACAUGGUAAGAUGAAGUAACUCUUUACGUGUCCCAUAAGAUUAUUAUUAGGUAACAACUGAUGGAUCUAAAUAUAUUUCCAUUGUAUUUUUAUGGUCAACCCAUUUUAGGUAAACCUGAUUAUCACAAGCGACCAUGGCAUGGCAGAUGCCAACAACUCCCGUCUUAUCCAGCUGGAUCAUUACAUUCCAUCAGACUGGUAUACACUCAUCACUGAUCCAAACAGGGCAGACCAUGCUUCUAAUGUGUUUUUUCAUAUUCUACCCAAGAAAGGAUAG